AUGCCGGCCGAUGAGCAAGCAAAGAAAGGAGCUAGGUCUACCCUACAGACCAACCCUCCUCCUGCAAGAUAUGCCUGGGCUAGUCGGACGUUGAAGGAGGAAUUCUGGCGGCGAUUUCAAGCAUUCUGGGCGGACAACGCGCCACAGCAAUAUCAGGAUCUCUCCAUUGGCCUGGAUAAACGACCCACAAACUAUCCCUUCCCAGAGCCACCCUCGGUCGUCUCCUUGCCGCCCGGUCGGGCCAUGGAGACUUCGUCUACUAUCAUGAGCGCUUCGGACAUGAAGACGCCAAGUUGGAGUGCUCGUGCGGACGCCCAAAGGCCCCCCAUCACUUCUACUACUGCCGGAAGGGCCACAAGGCAUCCCCACAGCCAUGGGGAAGCCGACAAGUGGAUGAGAUUCUGCGCUCUAGGUCACGAACAAGGGAUCCUAUGA